GGUAAUUUUAUUGCUUUGAUCCAAAUAAACAUUCGGAACUCGAUCGAUAAUUUCCAAAACUGAGCGUUUUUCUUUGCAUUUUACGCUCUUCGGAGGCAAAUGUCUGCCUUUCAAGGACUGAAGAAAGAAAUCAGGGUUCUUGAAAAGGUUUUCCAUGCGAAACACGAGCGUUUUCGCGUAAAAGCGAACGGUCUGGACGAGCUUUCCUGUCACUUCCUCGGGGCUAAUGGCGAACAGUUUGUCAUUCAUUGCAAUAUAUAUGAGUCCUAUCCGUGUGUCGUCCCAAUGUGGUUCACGGAAAGCGACGAAAACUCAGUGGUCGAUUCUGUGGAAAAAAUCGGUGGAGAACAACACGGAAACGUCGAGAAAUUGUUGACCAAAAUGACGAGCCAUCUGAUCGAAGAGUUGUGUAAAAAGCAAGAUUUGGAGGUUCCUGAAGUCGUGAGGGGUUUAGAAAACAUAGAAGUUGAGGAAGAGAAUGACUGCAACGAAGAAAUGAGCAAAGAUGAGGAUGAUGAAGAAGAAAUAUUGUACGAAGAGGAAGAUACUGAAGAAUAUGAUAAUUAUGAAAUGGGCGAGGAAAACAACAGUCAAAAGAAAAGUGAGGAACUAAAUGGAAUUAGUAAAGAGAAUUUCGCCGUUCUUGAAAAAUUAAGAUUGAACCAACGUGAUGAGCACCUUAAGGGUACUGUGUCAGGUUCUGUUCAAGCCAGCGAUCGACUGAUGAAAGAACUUCGAGAGGUGUACAGAUCAGAUAGUUUUAAAAAAGGCUUAUACCAUGUCACACUAAAUAAUGACAGUCUUUAUGAUUGGAUUAUCGAAAUACUAAAAGUUGACCCAGACAGUUCACUUCAUAAAGAUUUAAUACAACUAAAAAACAAAGGCGGCAAAGGAAACAUCACCUUAAAUAUGACUUUUACUGAUAAAUUUCCAUUUGAACCGCCUUUUGUUAGGGUCAUUUGUCCCGUGCUCAAUGCAGGGUAUGUUCUAAGUGGCGGUGCUCUGUGUAUGGAAUUACUUACAACACAGGGUUGGAGCAGUGCCUAUAGCAUUGAGUCUGUGAUAGUACAAAUUUCAGCUACACUUGUAAAGGGAAAAGCUAGGAUAAACUUUAAAGAAAAUGAUAAGCCGGAUUCAUAUAAUAUGGCAAGAGCACAACAAUCCUUUAGAUCACUGGUUCAAAUUCAUGAAAGAAAUGGUUGGUUUACGCCACCAAAAGAUGAAGGUUGAUAGUCCAAAUGAAAACAUUUAUUCCCUCCUCUGUACAGUUGCCCGAAUUGUGUCCAGCCCUUCUGGAUUCAUCAAUACACAUUCAUAUUGCUGUGUUCUUAAAUACCUCUAAAAAACAUCCAGCAUUUGUAAAAUAUUUACACAGAUUUAAGUUGGGACAUGUCUUCAAUAUUGGUAACUUUUGGCAUUCUGUUUUGCCUGAGAAUUCAAGAAAUAUUAGAAUCAGAAUUUAUUAUUUUUGAUGGGAAGACAAAAGAUAUUGUAGAUAGCCUGUAUAUCCAUUCUGAUGUUGUAAAAUGUUUGCCCUCGAGAAAAAUAUGCAAAAACUCAAAUGCACAUCAGAUGUGAAAAUAAUAAAAUUGACUUUGCAUACAGAUUGCGCAUUUAGUACAACUUGGAAAGUGUUGUAACAGAGUCAUUUUAUA